UAUAAGCUUCUAUCCCUUCUGCAGCUCCUGCCACUCAUGCAGCUCCUCUUCCUGUUUCUGACGGUCAUGGUGCUCCUGGCCCAGGGUGCCCGAGUCAAGAAGUGUUGGAGUACAUUUGGCAGGUGCAGAGAGAACUGUAAAGACAGUGAAGUAUUCUAUUUAUUGUGCAAAGAAGAGGGUAAGUGCUGUGUGCACCCCAAGUAUGUCCGAUUUAAACCGAAGACCUUAAAGAACCAGUUGGGAACCAAAAAUUAACUUCUGCAACUGACUCUCUUCCGAACUUGAGUCUCAGGAGCAUUGGAAACCACACUUCUAUUAAA